CACAUGCGCAGGCCCAUAUUGUUAGGGUGUAGCUAGCGUAAUAAGGGCUGCCUAUAUUUUGUAUAAAGAAUAUCCAGGAGAAGCCUUUUGGUAGUGUUGUAAAGAAGUGUAAUAGAUAAGGAUUGUUUCUAACUCAUACUUUGAGAUGAAUAUAUAAUACUUAUAGUGGAUGUUUGAGCUAAAAAUAGACCAUGCCUUCUCGUGGUGAAUUUAAUAACAAAAUGGAGGAAGCAAAUGCCAUUCAUUUAGAACGUUAUGCUCCUUUACAGUCUCCACCCGGUCCGGAUGGACGACCUAAUAACAAUCAAGAUGGUUUUGAUGAUGUAGCUAUAGAAGAUGUAAUGUAUAUGGAAGAUGCUGAUGGUGAAACAGCAGAACCAGGUGUCAACAAUAUACCAAAGGUUGAAACGAAAGUGCGGAAUCUACAUUUUAAUGAUGGUGUAAAAAGAAUCGAUUAUAUACUGGCCUGGUCCAUUAAAACUAAGAAAUUAGAAGAAGGUAAAAAGGCUAGAGAGAUAUUUGAAAAGAAUUUGAAAAAAGAAGGCAUCGAAAUAGAAUAUGACUUGAGAGGUAAAGAAAUUCACUUUGCCAAACUUCAUGCACCUUACCAUGUAUUGAAUAGAUAUGCAGAUAUUCUUGCCAUUAGAAUGCCCAUGAAAGAGGAAAUACAUUUGAAAAGUAUUAUGCGGAGGGGUAUGAGUUUGCGUGACCCUGAUAAGCAUCCAGCUACAUCAGUGACCUUGAAAAUGUGGGAUACUGUAUCGGGUGUAGGUAAAAGAUUAUUGAAGCCAUUUCAAGUUGAUCAAACCAUUUUACCUAAAAAGAAGAAAAAAUAUACUUGUCCAUAUAGCUCUGAUAAACAUUAUCUAUUUGAAACUACUGAAGAUGGGCAGUUAGAGUUCACCAAUGCUGUUAGAAGUCGUAUUGUUGAUUAUGUUUUAAGAAGAAAAGCUUUUAAGGAAGAUACUCAAAAGGCAUUUUCUUUUGGUAUAAAGAAAAUGUUAAAUGAUGGAUAUUAUUCAGCUGUUUAUCCUUUACAUGAGGGACAUUGGAAACCUGGUUCAUUUAACAAUAAUAGAAAAAUAUUAUUUGAUCACUGGGCUAACUGGAAAAAUGUUCUGAAAUAUCAGCCACUGGAUCAGAUCAGGGAUUAUUUUGGUGAGAAGAUUGGAAUGUAUUUUGCAUGGUUAGGUUUUUAUACGAAUAUGUUGGUACCUGCAGCUUUAGUUGGAGUUUUUGUGUUUGUGUAUGGAUUGUUUAUUAUGAAUGCCAGUACAUCAAGUAAAGAACUCUGUAAUGCAAAAAAUAUUACCAUGUGUCCAUUAUGUGAUAGACAGUGUCCUUAUUGGAAUGUCACUGAUGCUUGUAGUCAUCAGUCAGCAAGUCGUAUCUUUGACAAUGAUGCUACAGUCUUUUUUGCUGUGUUCAUGUCAUUUUGGGGUACACUGUUUCUUGAGUUCUGGAAGAGAAGACAAGCUGCAAUUCAGUAUAAAUGGGAUUUGUCGAACUUUGUUUCUGAAGAGGAACCACCUCGUCCAGAAUAUCUCUCAAGACUUGAAUCAUGGACAACAUUAAAAGUAAAUCCAAUUACAGGCAUAAAAGAACCAUAUUUACCAUUUUGGAGAAGACGUUUCCCAGUAUUUUUGUGUUCCUAUGCUGUUAUGUUGUUUUUGGCUGCAGUAGCUAUUGGUGCUGUAGUGGGUGUUAUAGCAUAUCGGGUCUCCUUUUUAGCUGCCUUACAUGUUUUAGAAAAGAGGGUUGUUACAGAUAACUCAAGUGGUACAGCUGCCAUAGAAACUGUCACGUUAGUUUAUAAAAACGCCAGUUUAAUAACAACCAUUACAGCUGCCUUGAUUAACUUGUUAAUCAUUUUAUUGUUAAAUAUUGUUUAUGGUUAUUUGGCUUUCUGGUUAACAGAUUGGGAAUGUUUGAGAACACAGACAGAAUAUGAUAACAGUAUUACAUUAAAACUAUUUGCUCUACAGUUUGUCAACUACUUCUCCUCUAUUGUGUACAUAGCUUUCUUCAAAGGAAGAUUUGUUGGUAGACCAGGAAAAUAUAAUACUAUUUUUGGUGCUAGACAAGAAGAGUGUGAACCAGGUGGCUGUUUAAUAGAACUGUGUAUUCAAUUAGCUAUUAUUAUGGUUGGUAAACAACUGAUUCAAAACAACUUUAUAGAAAUAGUUAUUCCGAAAUUGAUAAAACUGUUGAAGAAAAAGUGUUCAAAAGAAACAAGAGCUCAGAAACUGGCAAGGACACCAUGGGAAAAAGAUUAUAAAUUACAAGAAGCACAAAAUAAUUCUUUAUUCUACGAAUAUCUUGAAAUGGUUCUACAGUUUGGAUUUUUAACAAUCUUUUGUUCUGCUUUCCCAUUGGCUCCGUUAUUUGCCUUAUUAAAUAAUAUAAUUGAGAUACGUGUAGAUGCAAAUAAAUUGAUUACCAAUCUUAGACGUCCUAUGGCAGAGCGAGCGGCUGAUAUAGGUAUCUGGUAUAGUGUAUUAUAUGGAAUCUCAAGAAUAGCUGUUAUUUCUAAUGCCUUCAUCAUUGCUUUAUCAUCGGAUUUUAUACCACGAUUAGUAUACAAGAUGAGAUAUAGUCCAGAUCAUUCAGCUAAAGGUUAUCUAGAACACAGUCUGGCUAAAUUUAAUACCAGUGACUUCUCACCUGAUCACAGACCUGAUCCCAUUUAUGGCCAUGUGGAGAUUUGCAGAUACAGAGAUUUUCGCAACUCUUAUGACCAUGAGAAUAAAUAUGAAUACUCAGAUGUCUUCUGGCAUGUACUUGCUGCUCGUCUGGCAUUUGUUUGUGUGUUUGAGAAUGUUGUGAUAGUGCUUACAAGUCUUGUAGCUUGGUUAAUACCUGAUGUACCCACUUUACUCAAAGAACAGAUACGUAGAGAAGCUUACAUUACUAAUGAGGUCAUUCUUAAAACAGAGUUGAUGAGAGCUCACGGAGAAGAAAUUGACCAUCAUAAAGUCAAUGCUAUAAUGUCUGACGAAGAAACCAACAAUUACGAAACAAGUAUGUAUGGAAGCCAGAUUCUAUUGCACCGGCAAACCAGCAUAUAAAUAUCAAGCAAUAUUUUCAACACGAGAGACAAGAAUUUAUUACGAUUGUUGAGUACAUGAAGUGACCUUUUGAAAUUUCUAAAUAAAAAUGUAAAUUAUUUUUGGAGAAAUAUAGAAAGAAAUCUCUAAUAUUUUUUUGAUGUAGGCUACUAUCCAGAACGUAUAAGUUUGGUGUAUUAGUGUUUUUGUUAUUUGUUUAUCCUUGCUGUGCAAUACCACUUUACAAAUGUUGUGAUAGCUGCAGAACCGUAGGCUUUUCCAAGUUGUAUGCUCAGAAUAUACUGCAUUUAUAAUGGUUGAAUCUACAAUUAUCUCCACACUCUGCCUGUGUCAAGGCUAUAUUUUUUAACUUUGAAGUGGCGAAAUCCAGAAGAAACAGUAAUAUAUAACUAACAUAAUCCUUCAAGCAUUACAAUAAAAUGUUUUUAUGUUGCCUGUUGUUCCAGUAUUAUAUAAGUUAUUGAAAUUAAUCUAUUAAAACCGUGAUGGCUAUACUAUUUAUUAGCAUUUUUGUUAUGCUUUGUAAACUGCUUAUAUUUAAAACUUUAUAUGUAGUGCUUAAUAUAUACCAGGGCUCUCAGUUUCAAAUAUUUUAACUAAUAAUGUAUCCCCAUCAAACAAGCCAAAAUAUGUUGAAUAUUUCAUAUAAAAUCUGUAUCAUCUAACUAUGCAUUACUAGUAUUAGAUAUCUGCCAGUGUAAGGUACUUUCAUAAGCUGCAUAUGUAUAUUGAAUUUUCCUUCAAAACUGUGAGUGGACAGAACAGUCAAUUGUUGUGAUUUUAGCAUCUAUUUAAGGUUGUAUUUGCUUGAUUUAGAUCUGAAAAAGAUUAUCCAAUUUAUUAUUUUAUGGAUCAGAUUGCCAAACCUUGUGAUUUCUUUAGACAGUAAUUGUAUGAAAUAUAUUCUGAUUUGAAACAAGAGUCCUUCUUCAUAGUAAAAACUUGUACUGCCAUUAGAGAUUUAGUUACUUGUAGAAUUUAGUGUCUUUCAACACAUCUAUAAUUUUAUACUCAUUCAUUAGAUAAAUAUACUCUUUUAUUAAAUUAUACAGUAUAUUAAACAUAUAUUAACCUAUUUAGUGAAUUCUUUUUCUAGUCUUUUUUUCAGAAUGCGAAGUGUUUCAUUAUUAUGUAAAUAAACAAUAUUUGUAUCUAUUACAACAAUUAUGAAGUUAUAUUUAAUGAAUGUUCUUAAUUUGAAAUCAUUAAUAUUAAAUGUGAGAAACUGAUAACAAUAUAUUAUGUCCAUGUACUGUAUAUUACAUACUAAUAUACAUUGGAUUAUCAUUUGUCUAUUUUCAUAAAUUAGUGUUCUUUCAUGUUAAACAUAAUGGGGCAGAUAAAUAAACGUUUUCUUUAUUUAAAUUUAACAAAAUUAUGUUCUUUAGAUAGUGGUUGAUUAAAACAAAAAUCUUAAAUUAGAUAUCAUCUUGAUGUUGCUGUUCAUGGGUCAAAUCGAGUUAUUGUUCUGAAUCAGACAAUACUGAGAAAGAAAGAGGACAGUGUGAAGUCACUAACUUAACCUUAAAAUUGAUUGGAUUUAGUAAUUUUUGGGUCAAUAUGCUCCUUGGUAAGACUACUUUUUAUUGUCUGAAUGGUGUUCUGGGAUAAAAUGGAAAUAACUCAUAUAGAACUAUAGAUAUUUUUUAUGUGUACUUUUGUUUGUGUUACAUUAUCUUAAACCCCUAAUUUGAAUUACUCUGAAUAUUUUGUAGAAUUUGUUAAUGUGUUGGUCGUAAGUUACUUUUGUAUAAUUUUUAAUCUUACUUUGUGUUUUCUUAAUAAAACCUGUUUACAUCCAAA